AUGAAUCUCAUUUUAUUGCUCCUGCUCCCUAUCCUGGCUCAAUGUGCUCCGUCCCAAUUGCUCUACGAUUAUGACAAAGAAGUGAGCUAUGACAACGACAUAGAGUCAGCGAGCGCUAAUCCCCAUCAAUCUCCCGUGGACUUUUUCAAAAAUGCACCGUCUGAGGUCCAGUUCCAAGUUUUGCUCUUCACACAACAACCGGCACUUCUCACCCAGAUGAGCAGGAAUAUUAAAAAGGGAUGGAGGACCAAAAUCGGAGAGGAUGGCAAGGAAUGUAUGGAUGGUUUGGAGAAACGGAUUCGAGAUGUUUGUGGAGAGAGAUGUCCCAAAUAUGAGCUGCAUUUCCCGCUAGCCGGAUGCGGAAACGAAAAAAUGAUGGACGCACCAUUGAAUUUAUUUGUUGCCCGAAAUCCGAUCGGAUCGGUUUGGUGGAUGGAAAAGUUGUUUAGUUUUCAUAAUUUUCCAAUUUAA